AUGAAGGGAUUGACGCUAUUUGGAACAAGGCUGCCAUAUCUUAAAUACGUGGCGGUUGUAUUGACGGUAUUGGUGAUAUAUACCCUUACUCAUGGUGCUACACUGUAUACCAAUAUCAACCAAAAUGUACAACAACAACAGAAGCAGCAACUGACGCUGCAACAAGAAGUUGCUAGAGACCAGGCGGCGGGUGCUGAAAAGGUUCAAGUUCCCGAAGAACUAAAACAUGAAGCAGCAGCAAAACCAAAAGCUAGUUUAGAAGAUAUCAAAAAAUUUCAAGAAGAAUUGAUGCAAGGUAAAAAAGGUGAAUCAGCAGUGGGGGAUUUGCUUAGUGAUGAAGAAAGAAAAGCUGCCGUUGCUGAAGUUAAAGAAUGGGCUCAAGCUCAAAAAGAGGCAAAACAAGAAAACCUUGAUCAAAAAUCCGCCCUAAAGCCCCAGGAAAAGCAAGAGGGUAGUCAAAAGCAGUCACAAGCUACUCCCAAUGAGAAGGUGAGUGCCACGUUUGUGACGCUAGCCAGAAACCAAGAGCUUUACGACUUGAUCAAAUCGAUUCGAGUAGUUGAAGAUCGAUUCAAUCGCAAGUACAACUACGAUUGGGUUUUCCUCAAUGAUGAAGAAUUUACGCAAGAGUUUAAAGAUUUAACCACAGCAAUCGUUUCCGGUAAAACCAAAUAUGGGAAAAUCCCCAAAGAGCAUUGGUCGUACCCUGACUGGAUCGAUUUAGAAAGAGCAGCAGCAUCACGUAAAAAAAUGAAGGAGGAUAAAAUUAUUUAUGGGGAUUCCGAAUCUUAUAGACACAUGUGUCGAUUUGAACUGGGGUUUUUUUGGAGAAACCCAUUGUUGGAUGAAUAUGAAUGGUAUUGGCGUGUUGAGCCUGGUAUUGAGAUCAAUUGUGAUUUAAACUAUGACUUGUUUAAAUAUAUGCAAGAUAAUGAUAAAGUGUAUGGAUUCACCAUUUCAAUCCAUGAGUUUGAGAAAACGAUACCUACAUUGUGGCAGCAUACAAAAGAUUUUAUUGAAAAAAACAAGCAAUAUGUGGCUGAGGAUAAUUUUCUUGAUUUUAUUAGUGAUGAUGGUGGGAAAACUUACAACUUGUGUCAUUUCUGGUCCAAUUUUGAAAUUGCCAAUUUGAAAUUCUGGAGAAGUGAGGCCUAUAGGAAAUAUUUUGAAUAUUUGGACGCUACGGGUGGGUUUUUCUACGAAAGGUGGGGUGAUGCACCGGUACAUUCAAUUGCGGCAGCAUUGUUUUUACCUAAAUCCAAGAUCCAUUAUUUUGAAGAUGUUGGAUAUAGACAUCAUGUGUAUGGACAAUGUCCGUUGAAUGCUCAAUUCAGAUAUGAACACAAGUGUUCGUGUGAUCCUAAUGGUGAUUUUACAUUUAGAGGUUAUUCUUGUGGUAAGAAAUAUUUUGACACGAUGGGGUUGACAAAACCUGUUGAAUGGCAACAGUAUCAAUAA